AUGCCUCAGUUUCCAAUGUCUAGCAACGCUAUACCAGGUCAAGCCAUUGAUAUCGAAAGGCUGUUCAUCGAGUCCCGCCGAAGGCAAGCAGAUGUGCACCGUCCAAGAUGUGAGGUUUGCAGGAUGCAGUUCCUUUUGAACUCGGACCUCCAAAGCCACAUUGAAGAGAAUCACCCAGACCACCCGAACCACCUCCAGGCAAUGAGGAACGCCCAACAAAGAAAUACAAAAGGAGACAUACCUUUCAAACCUCGAGAUGUACAAAAUCCCUUGCGGUCAGACAUUCCAUCAACGAAGCCUAAACCGACACUACAGACACGCGCUGCUAGCAAUUUUGACCCUACUACCCAGACAUCCAGUCUAGACGAGAAUCAGAGUCGGAGGUUAAGAAGCCCAGCCUCCGCCUGGGAAUUCAAAAGCAAAAGAGACAACGAAUCUUCCUUGCCACCAAAAAGAAGUCGAGCUCGUGCACCGAUACAAGCCAGUUCUGCCACUGUCACAUCAGAUAAUGAGUUUCAACGGGAAACAAUACAGAAGAAUGGGAAUUUGUGGACUCCUGACGAAGGGCUUUCUAGAAACAGGGGCACAACGGAACCCCCUCGAACUCCAGCACCCAGGUCAUUUGAACCCUGCGAACCACACACGCUGGACGACACUGAGGUCCUUAUAAAACAACCAGAAACUCGACCUAUAUCACAAGAGCAACUGGUUGCUGAGGUCAAAGGCAUAUAUGCUGGGCUCGUCAUGGUCGAAAGUAAAUGUAUAGAGGUCGACAAUGCCCAGGACUCAAAAUCCGAAUCAGCUACGAAGCUCAACAACGAGCAGUGGCAAGCCCUGAUAGCGCUUCAUCGAACAUUACUUCACGAGCAUCACGACUUCUUCCUAGCUUCUCAGCAUCCCUCUGCGAACCCUGCACUGCGCAGGUUGGCAAACAAAUAUGCUAUGCCGGCACGCAUGUGGCGCCAUGGGAUCCACAACUUCCUUGAGCUUCUUAGGGAUCGUCUCCCGGCAUCUCUUGAACACAUGUUGACAUUUAUUUACCUUGCCUAUUCAAUGAUGGCAUUGUUGUAUGAAACGGUCCCCACGUUCAAUGACACGUGGAUUAAGGGCCUGGGCGACCUGGGGCGUUAUCAGAUGGCCAUGGAGAAAGACGGCUUGAAAUAUGCUCAUGAAGUCUCAUCUUCCGGCAGAGACCAAAAGCAACUUGACCGUUCUGUAGAAAGUCUCGCCCAGCAGCCUGAGACUCACCUGAAACGGCAUAAUGAGUGGAAUCUGUGGUUAAACCAAGACCCAGACUCCUUUUGGUUGCGCGGAAUACCCGGAAAAGGUAAAUCGACGCUAAUACAGCCAUUUAAUCAACACAAUUCAGCGCUCCUCCAGAACAUGGCGGCACGCAGACAUACAAACUACUCGUCAGGGACGGAUUAUAUCGUCGAUGGAAGUAUCAAUGGGGUUUCUGUUGCAGCCUCCCCGGACACCGGAUCGGACGACUGCAUCAUCUCAUCAAAUCUCGCAGCCAGAUUGAAUCUAAAACCAGUACCUGGAACAACAAAAACAAUCACUUUGGCAAACAAAAAGCCUGUUCUCUCACCGGGAAUGGUAGAAGUGCUAUGGAAUUUUGCAAACGACCACACUCCACACUCUCUGAAGUGUUGGAUUCUUCCCAAAUGCUCCAACGACUUUGUUUUGGGUAAUCGGUUUCUGAAAGCAACCAAAACGCUCACGACACAUUUCUUCUCGCGGAUCAAGAAGCUCAUUUCCCCAGGAAGGCUCCGUGUCAGGCUCAUCGGCGGUGAGAAGGAACGCAUCUUGGGCUUCUUCAACGGCCGUAUAGCAACUGCGCUUGCGGAUACAGGCUCUGACAUCAUGGUAGUCUCGGCAGACUACGCGCGAAGGAUGGGUUUGCACGUUGAGUCGGGGCCAGGUGAUUUGGUCGAGGUUGAAUUCGCAGACAAGACGAGAACUUGGACAAGUGGAAUUGUUCGAGACGUCCUGUGGACGGUGGAGGGGAGGGAAGUCUACUGCGACUUUCAUGUUUUGGAUGGCUUGGCUGUAGAUGUAAUUUUGGGCAAAGACUACCUCUUUGACCUUGACGUGUUCUCCACGUGCGCUGGUUCCUUCUUCGACAUUGACUCAGUUGCAGGCAUGUCUCUACUCUGCGGCAUCCGUCUUGUCGAGGACCACACAUUUGACUGGACUUCCUUGGAGGCGGAGUUCUUACAAGACGGUUCACGUCUUAUGACGCCUUCAGCCAAGAGAAUAUUCGAAAGGAGCGUAUCAGGGGCGACAUGGCUCGCGACAGAAUCCUCAAACUACCUGAGGGAGAGCAAGAAGCUGCAUUUACUCUGGAACGAAACAAGAGAAAAAGAUGGAAGAAGGCAAAGGAAGCUCACAAAAGGUUGUGGGCUGGACGACCGCCAUUGCUGCCAGAAAUCCAUAAUGCUGCACGAGGCUCUCCAGGCUCCGGGCCGCCUUCAGUCCAAGGCGGGCAGCUAA